CGCGCAGAUCCCGCCGGUCCCGCAGGAGCCGCGCAGCGCCCGCAGCCCCGGGGCCACCGCGGCCCCGACCCCGCCAACCCGGCAAGAUGUGGCGGCGCUGGGAAGCGGGAUGGGACGAGAAGAGGGAGCUGCAGGAGCUCAACUCCCGGCUGCGGGUGUUCGUGACCCGCGUGCGGGAGCUGGAGGAGGAGAACCGCUUUCUGGCGCGGGAGCUGGCGGAGCUGCGCGAGCAGGAGCUGAUCGGGCUGCGGGUGCCCGAGCAGGAGCUCGCCUGGCUGCGGAUGCAGCUGGAGGAGCUGAGCCGGGCGAAGCUGGAGGCGGAGCUGGAGCGGGACGGGCUGCGGCGGGAGCUGGAGGAGCUGCGGGCGCUGGGCGCGGAGGUGCUGGGCAUGCGGCGGCGCCUGGAGCCCGAGCUGGCCGGGCAGCGGGCGCUGCUGGAGCGGCUGCGGGGCGAGUGCGUGGCCCUGGAGGAGCUGCUGCUGGAGCUGCAGGCCGAGCACGGGCACAUGGCGGAGCGGCAGCGGCGGGAGGCGGUGGAGAUACGGGAGCUGCGGCUGAACCUGGCGGCCCUGCCGCCGCCCUUGGCCGGGCUGAGCCUGGAGGAGCUGGAGGAGACCUACGAGAUGCUGCUCGGCCAGUGCUGCCAGGAGACUCUGCUGCGCUACCAGGAGCAGAUCCAGAUGCUGCAGGAGCAGGAGGCGCAGCGGAGCCGGGAGGACGUGGAGCUGCUGCGGGAGGAGAGCCGGCAGUGCCGGCAGCACCUGGAGGAUCUGCACCGCCAGGGCCAGGAGCUGUGCGCGCUCCGGGAGCGGCUGGAGCAGGAGAUGCUGGCCCUGCAGGACCGCCACGGCGCCGAGGUGGAAGAGUACCAGAGAAUAAUUGACGCCCUGGAAGAAGAAAAGCAGUUCCUGACCAUGUCAAUCACGGAUUACCUGAAGGACUACCAAGAACUACUGCAGGUGAAAGCAGGACUCAUCCUGGAAAUUGAAACCUACAGAGCUUUGUUAGAAGGGGAGAGCAACCAGUGGAUUAUUACAUGGAGAGAACAGCUUGCAGGGAAAUUGCCUCAAGAUAUUAUAAACACUUCAUAUAACUACACUGAUAUUUACUCUACUUAUCAAGAGAGAAAUAGAAAUAAAGCUUCACCAGCUCCCAGGAUCACUGACACGAGGCACAGAAUGGCAGUGACAGACACGAGCAGCUCUGCACGUUACUCCACCCGCGUCGGAUCACAGACAAGUACCAGUGGAAGAACUUUUGGAAGAGAUGUACUUGGUUCAACAUAUCGCCCUUCAACAACUGCUACAAAGGAUGAAAGGAUUAUAACAGACCACAAAGAAUUAAGAACAUUUACUCCAUCCUACAGUAGCUGGAAAAAGACUGAAACGCAGCAAAAGACAAUUCCGGAGAGAAAGAGAACAGAGGUUACAACUUCUUCCACGGUGUCUUUUUCAAAAGAAUCAACACAUGCUGAAAGAUCAGACAAGGACCACAAGACCGAUGCUGAAAAUACAAGAACAAAACCAGGCUUCACUAGAUUUCCAGCUUAUGAGCUGAUUACUGAUGCAAAACCAUCUAAAUAUGAGGAAACUAUAACUGAAACUCGGACCAUAUUCAGAGAUAAAAGAGGAGGCAGCAAAGCGACUGAAGAGAAAGCACCUCUGCCGAAAGAAAAAGAUAAACUGGAGAAACAAACAAAGGAUGAGAAAAAGAAAACAGAUGAGAAAUCUUUUAUGGAAGAAAGUGCUGGUUUUGGAAGGAAGACCGAGCAGAAAACAUACAUCCGUGAGGAAGUUAGCCAGAAGGUAUCAGGGAGUGAUAUUUCUAAUGCAAGAAGUUUGAGAAGUGAAUCAACCAAAAAAGAUACAAGUGUGACCUCAGAAUCAAGAAGCAACGACGUCAUUGAGAUACCAAUCACCCUUGAAAGGCCUGCUCCUGACAGAGGAUCUCAGAGACAUAAAGAUAUAAGGGUACAUGGUGUUAAAACUUCCACAGGAAGAGAAGCAGAUGACCAUGUAAUUGAGUCAUUUGAAGCUCACCAAGUGAGGAUUUCAGAGGCAGAGUCCAGUCUGGAAGGUGAAGAGCGAAUUCGUGAUGGAAGUCACAAAAUGGGAACUCUGCCAACUGAAAAUAUAGCAGAGAAUAUUGUUGCCGACAUCCUUAAAAGUUUCACGCACUCUUCUAGUUCACAGAUGUCAACAGACACCAAAGUGACCUAUUUUAAUAAGGAAGAACAAUCAGACGAUGGGAAAAUAAAGACCGAGAUCACAGUGCAAUCCCAAGUUCAGGAAGACAUAGAUAUUUCUGAUGAAGGUAACUUGGGACGUCUGUCAAACCAGGACGUUAGAAAAGUGAUUCGAGAGGGUGUUGAGGGAACUCCUUCCAAAGAGGAGAUAGAGGACAUUGUACAUCACGGCCUGAAGGGAAGCGAGGGGGGAAAGAACGUGUCUGUUAACGUUGAGAUUGUAGAGGAGCCACUGGAUUAUGCCACUGAUGAAAGGAGUGAUUUUUCAACACCUUUUGAAGUAGAAGAAGUGGAGGAUUCGUUCCCUGAGCGAGAGAGGCGUUACGGUGAAGAGGAACAGAACGUCACGUUCACUUAUGAAGAUGUCAAAAAGAAGAAACCACGCCAUGAGAGUUUCACUCAUGUGGAAGAAGUAACUGAGGAAGACGACUCGCCUAUUGAACAAAAAUAUUUUGUGUCUGUUCCUGAUGAUCAUCCUGUUAUUAGUGAAAAGGAUGAUGACUCAGUAUAUGGGCAAAUUCAUAUUGAGGAAGAAUCAACUAUCAAAUAUUCGUGGCAAGAUGAAUUUUUGCAAGGCACACAGAGUAAGAGAGAGGAAGGUGUGAGCUCUCCAGAGGAAACCUAUAAAGUGGUAGGGGAGGAAGCAAGUGCCCAUAUUUUAAAAGAGCAUCCUGAAGGUGAAACAUCCCAUGUUGAAUCCGUUGUUAUUGAAAAAGAAAUUAAAAUUCCCCCUGAAUUUCAGACUUCCAUAAAAGGGCUCUUAUCCAAGGAAACGAAGGACCCUAAACAUCAACUGAAGGAAGCUCUGGAGCAGUUGGAGGGCAGUCUCCCAGACAGUGUGAAAGAGGAGCUGUUUGCAUUAACAAAAGAGAACCAAGUUGAUGCUAGUAACUUAGAAUUUGAUAUCAAAAAAGUUGAUCAAAAGGAGGAGGGUGGCUCGGUGACAAUUGUUGCUGAAGUCAAUCUGUCCCAGACCCUCAGUACUGAUGAAUUUGAUGAAUCUCAGCUCGGUGAAGUAAUUAAAAGCGAGAAGGAGAAGGCGACAAUUCACUCCCUGAAAAGAGAGAGCUCAGAGGGAGUUGUUGAUGGUAGAAGCGACAUAGAAGUAGAUGCUUCUUCUCCCACUGAUAAAUACACUCCUUUGGCUGAUCAAGAAAUCUAUAACUUCUCCACGACGAGGCGCAGUGGUGGCACAGGGUAUCAUACCACGGAAAGAGUGAUUUACGACGGUUCGGUUUUGGAAACAGCAGAUUAUGGAGAAGUCUCUCACUCACCACAAUCAACUGAUGAGACCACAUCCACCAGGCGUGUCAGGGUUGGCCCAGCAGAAGUUCAGAGGUUCGAGCAGGUCAUAUACGAAGGGCCCGGUUCGGAAACGCUGGAGCUCAGCGCUGCGGAAGGUCUCGUUCAGACAGAGGGGUCGUCACAAUUCAGCCAAUCUGUGAAGCAUUUUAAACUGGGCCCUAAGGAAAUCCAAACCACAGAGCAGGUGGUUUAUUCAGGCCCUUUUACUACAACGACCAUAGAAGAGAUUGAUUCUGGAAAUCUUUCCCAGAACUUCUCAACGGACUUCAACAGGUCCACGAGACGUGUCACAGUAGGAUCAAGGCAAAUAACUGAAGAAGUCUCUUUUGAAGGGUCUCUCUCGGACUCUCUGGCACUCAAUAGCUCAGAGGACCUAUCCCAGGCAGAAGGGUCUGGGGGUGUCAGCAGUACAAUAAGGCACUUCAGGUUAGGCCCAAGAGAAGUUCGUACCGAGCAAGUGAUCUUUGAAGGGCCCAUCUCCGGUAAGGUGGAGGUCAGCGGCACCAGGGACUUCUCACAGACAGAGAGUUCAGUCAGACACGUUCAGUUGGGUCCCCAAGAGUUUAUGACAGCUGAGAAGAUCAUCUACCACGGGCCUGGCUCUGAGCACACCGAAAUCAGUGAACUGGAAGACCACACCCUUUCAGGAGGCUCGAGGUCUUUCCGGCACGUUAAAAUAAGUCCCGUAGAAACUCAUGCUGAGCAAAUAGUCUUUACAAGACCCGUUUCUGGAAUGCUGGAAGAUCUUUCACAAACAGAAGGGUCAUCUGAGAGCAACAAGUCUGUAAAGCAUAUUAAAGUAGGAUCCAAGGAAGCAUCUUACACUUUUCAAAUGGAUGUUUCCAGUAUGGGUGGAAUAUCUACGGUGAGAAGUGGAGAACAAGCAGUGCUGAUAUCCAACCAGCAAGACCCUGCUGUGAGUCAGUCACAGGUCAUAGUUCAAAGUGACCAGACUUCAGAAAAUGAAAACACAAGAAGUGGCUACGUUCUGUCCAGUUAUUCCCAAGAUCAUGGUGAAAAGGUGGUGGAACAGUCACUUUUUGAUAAAACUGUGCAGUUGCAAAGAACGGUCGACCAAAGGUCGGAUAUUUCUGAAGAAAAGAAAGUCGCUUUUCUGUAUCUGGACCAUGAGGAGGAGGAAGAUGAUGAUAAUGAUGGACAGUGGUUCUGAAAGGACUCUUUAAUGAAGCAUA